UUAUAAGAUUCUUUGAGUAUAUAUUGCUCUACAAAGACGCAGUGAUGUUUCAGAUUGAACAAGUUACAAAGCUUUGCUCGAAGAUUGCUCUGACAGAGCCAUGGGAUCCAUAUGAUAUUCCUGCCAAUUCAACUUACGAAGAUCAGUACUACAUUGGGGGACCUGGAGACAAAAUUAUGGUACAGGAAUGGUCUGACAGAAAACCAGCCAGGAAAUUGGAAUCCUGGGUCGGCGUGUACACAGUCAAAGACUGUUAUCCAGUACAGGAAACCUACACGAAGAACUACAGCGUGACAACCUCCACUCGCUUUUUUGAUCUACAGCUGGGCAUUGCGGACCCCUCGGUGUUUACCCCACCCAGCACCUGCCAGACAGCCCAGGCGAGGAAGAUGAAAGAUGAAUGCUGAUUACGGAUACUGGCUGCCCUGGGCAAACAAAUAUUAGCCGAGAGGAUGGUUAUUAAUAGUCAGCUGCUGACGUCUAACCUGAUUUUUCAAGCUUAUUGUUGCUCUUUUGGGAAUUGUAAGUUUUCACGUGAAAGAACAUAAACAUUUAACUGAGUAAAAUAUGUAACACAAAAGAUCUCUUUCAUCACAUUAAUCUGUUCAGUGAUGCACUUGCAGUAUUAUAUAGUUACCACUAAGAUAAUAUUUAUAGGUACUAUUUAUUUAAGCUGUGGCUGAUUUUCAUUUUGUAAAGGUUUUGUUAUUUAUUUUUUCAAGAAGACAAAGCAUAAGCAGACUGCAAUAAUGGUAACAUCUAGAAGGAAAAGCUGGAUUUUGUUGUUACUUCUGAGGACUUGAGGGAAGGGGAAAUCUGUCCUGGGUAAGACCAAAAAGUACCCCGUUUUAAACAAUGUACAUCAAAAGUAUGGAAAUUCAUUCUCUUAGUUUUGUUUUGCUUUGUGUUUUUUUCUUUCUGCCCUUCAGGAAGCUGGUAGUCUAAUGUUUGAGCUGAUUUUUUUCUUUCUGAAAAGAAACUGGAGUGGCCCUAUUCAUGUAAUGCUAGCUGACGUGCAAAAAAUACUUUCCUGUUU